AUGACAGAGCUGGAGCAGAUAGGAGACUGCGACACUGAUGUGUUGGUCUGUUUCGCCGAGUCUCUGCACAUAUACACAGGACUGCUGACAGUGGCUACAGUGUGUGGAGGACUGUCGGGAAUACUAGCGGCUGCUCUGCUGUAUGUCUUUUGCCUGAAGCCUUUGCUGCUGACCAGACAAGGUUACAACGCAAGGAGGCUACUUGACCCAGAUGAUGGGGAAUUGGACAACAACCAAAGUGACUGUGUCAGCAACAGCAGAAAGGAGGCUCCGAGUGGGACAGCCAAUGACAAAGGAUUACUCCCUGAGAAGGUGCAGCCACCCAUGAAUAGUGAUGUGGCAGCUUUUGCAUCCAGAGCAAAGGUGGUUUACCCCAUCAACCAAAAAUACAGACCUUUAGCAGACGGUGCAUCCAAUCCCUCGCUACAUGAGCACUCAAAGUUGGCAGCGAUGCCAAAUGAGGAGUCAUCCUCCUCUACAGAUGGAGAGUCUCUGAGCCAAGAGCAGGACAAUGAUGACAGCAGUCAGUUUAUCUCUUCCUCACUGGUUCCCAAGAGUCUGCAGAACCAGAGUUUCAUCAGGGUCUCUAACUAUCCUCAUACACUUACACAAACAGGCUUUGAAGCUAGGAUCAGCCUUUACUGUUUGGCUCUGCAGGAUGUACAACAGACUUGCUCUCAGCUUCAGGAAGAAAAAUGUCUGGUUUUUCUUCAAAUGAUGAAAAUAAUAUUCAGUGGUCGUUUCCCAAAAGACAGAAAAGAUGCAGAUUUUUCCAAGAAUAUUCUUGACAUGCAGCAAAAGGAACUGGAUAAGCUGAAGAAACAGUUUCCAGCAGGCCACACUGCCAGCGAGAAACCUGUUGAUGCACCCUGCACUUUAGAGGAAAUAGAGAGAGCUCAGAAAGAUCUUCUUGAACAUGGCCUUCAAAUGUCAAAGGGUUUUAGCAAGCAGGUGGAGGACUUGUGCCAGCAUCUGCUAAAGAAAACCAGCAUUUUCACUCCAGAUGAAGCGCAGAAUGUAACUGCUUCUCUCAUCCAGACUCUUCUUUCCGUAGAGGAUCACCUGAUGAACACACAAGAAGCAGAUGUAAAGAGGAUCCAGCAGAAGCUUUUGUGGUGGGAGGAGCUGACAGGGCUUCUCCAAUCCCAACCUGCCCUGCUAAGGCGGGAAGUGUCUUUGAGGCAGGGCUUGAUAGCCACAGUACUGGAGCAGCUGACAAGCGAUGAUGUCUUGACCUUUGGCCACAUGGAAAAGAUACUUUCAGAAGUUCAGAGCACUCUAACAGAAGGCCUUCAACAAUGCACUGAAGAUUGCAUGAGGAAGACAAAGGAACUGGUGAAUGAAAAGUGCAGCAAAAUGGAGUCCAAGCGAAAGAAGCUUCAGAGGAGCCAGGCCAAGGAGAAGAGCUGUGCCCUGGAACUGAAACAGACUCAUAGUGACCUACAGCAGCUCACAAAGGUGUAUCAGGAGCUGCUGAUGAAACAAAGGCAGCAGCUCUCUGACUUGGAGCUGCAGCAGGACAACAGGGUGGCUGAAGCUCUUUGUGAUCUUUGGAAGAAACUCCGUACCUCCUGGUCGAAGAGGCUUGGAGAGCUAGCCAAAGACAUUUUUCUCACUAUCCCUGCCCAGUCAAAGAUAUCUGCUGAGCACUGUGAAAAGUUGUGGUUGGAUCUAGAGCAGGAGCUGGUUGCACAGCUGCAGCAGGUAGAGAACACUAUCAGGCUGCAACUAGAGGACAUGAGGGCACAGCUGGAUAAAGAUGGACAGGUAUGGAAUGAGGAGAUGGCUCUGGUGCAGGCCUGUCUCAAACACCUGAGUGAACAACAGAUGAAGAUCCUGCGAGCCAUGGUGAUCAGACAGAGCUACACACUCAACAGCCAAGUGGGGAGCCUUAUAGAACAGAAACAUGAGCACCUGCUGGUGGCAGUGCGGAGGUACUUUGUGGUCAGGCACUUCUGUCAGCACACACUGAAGGAGAUGAGGCUGUCCAAGCUGAAGGUGCUCUCUCAGACUGAUUUCAGAGCUCUGCUAAUGGAGGAUCCCAGUAAAAACCAGACCUGUAUUAAUUCAACUCUCAAGAAUAGCAGUGCAAGCCUAGCAGAGAGGCAUCUGGGUCCAGAGAGUCACCUGGUGGGCCACAGCUUCCAGCAGGAGUUUUUGUCUGAGCUGGAAACAGGGACAGAGCUUCUUCAGGGCCAUGCACAGCUGGUGCUGGGUAACGCCCUCAGCCAUGCCAUCCAACAGAUGAUGGAGGCCCCACCCACUGAGUCACAGCCCACCUGUAAACAGGACAAUGGUUUGAAGCGCCACCUGACAGAGGCUGCAUCUGAGAGUGUAUAUGUGACCAAAGAUUCUCUCACUGCACUGGUCCAAAGCUACUAUUCCCACCUACAGGACAUCACCAAAAAACUACAGGAAGAUCAGUCAAACAUAAAGCAGGAUAUGAAUGAGAAGCAAGAAAGCAGCAGUCAGUUGAGCAAAGCUUUGCUGAGAGAGCUGGUGAACUGGGGCAGGAAACCCACCUCUGCCGAGUUUCAACAGAGGGUUGAGCUCCACAAAAGGAGGGUGUUGGAGCAGUGUGAUCUGGAGCAGGAGAUGAUGUGCGAGGAACUGAGGCAGAGGAAAGUAGCCCAGGAUCAAACCAUAGAAAAGAUCAAAGGACGGCUACUGGAGGCAGAAGAAAGCUUCAUAACUGAGCUGGCAGCCUUGGCCCGAGUUUCUCUCCACAGUCCAGAUCAAGAACCCAGUGAAGAGGACAACACUGGUGAUGAGAAUCCUAACAUUCUGGACCUACUAGCCCUGAACCCAGCACUAGACCCAGCCUUGAAUCCGUCACUGACUCCAACUGUUGUAACCCCAGCUGUGAAACCUACAAAAAAGAAGAAAAGUGAACUCGAGUCUCGUGUGAGCUGAAAUCUUCACACAGUAGUGUUUACAUAUGCGUACAAUGGUGGCC